AUGAGUGAUGUACAUAUAAUAGAGGCAAAUGAUAAAAACAAUUUGAUAGAAGCAAUUAAAAAUCGUAAAGCCACUAGAGUACAGUCAAUAAUUGAUAAUUGCAUUCAAAACUAUGAUCCAGAAUCUAUGCUUAUUGUUGUUGAGGCUCUUCCGCUGCUUGCCGUUCAGUAUCCAAAAAUAUUAUCGUAUUUUUUGAAAAAAUGCCACUACAUCGAGUCUCCACCGGGAUUGACGGAUUGUUUAGAUACAAGCAUCAUCAAGCGUCGGUCACUACUAGAUAAUACAAAAAUAAAAACUUACGAUGUAAAAAGAAACAAAAACUCAUAUUUAACCACGAAAUGUUAUAUACCGUUGCCCGGCCUAUUUACAAGAAAAAAUGGCUGUAGCCCCUUUGACAAGCUAGCUUAUCUCCAUUCCAUUGAGGCUUUUCAAUCUCCGGUCUUCGAGGCCAUUGUUAUGCAAAAACUGCGCGUUUACUCCGAUAUGCAUUCUGCGAUACUUGUUUACUAUAUUAUCCAUUUUAGCCUUUUUGUUGCGGUAAUUAGUAACACGAACAACACCGAUACUAGAAAUGAGAGCUUAAUGAUUUCAAGCUUGUUCUUUGGAUCAUUUACGAUAUUGUCUAUUGGGAUCAGGGCAAUCGUUAAGUUGAUUAAAUUUUUAAGUUAUUCAAAAGAUGAAAUGCCAUUACGUGUCUAUUUUUUCAAAACAUGGGAUACAUUUGUCGGAUUAGCAGCAUCAUUCCUUCCCGUUGCUACUGUAUCCUUGGAGUAUCGCAAUCAUACUGCAUCUCCAGAACUCAAAUCUCUCUCUAUCUUAUUUAUGUGGAUCUUUCUCGUUUUACAACUUCGUUUGAUUAAGGGUGUCGGUAUUUUCCUCUCAGUUAUCCAAACGAUCCUCACGAAGAUUAAAUGGCUACUUUUAUUUUUAAUAUUUGUGCUAUUUGCCUUUGCUCAUUCGUUUAUGGUUCUCUUAUCGGAAACCCUGCCUGAUAACGGAAAAAAUACAUUUACUAGCUUUGCUCAAUCCUUCAAAAAUGUUUGGUUAAUGCUUCUGAAUGACUAUACUUCACUACUUCCAUGGACGAGCAAUCAUCUGCUGGAUUUUCUCGUGAUGGCCUUCUCAUUCAGCACAACAAUAGUAACCUUGAAUAUUUUGAUUGCGCUCAUGAAUAAUGCCUAUGAAGAAACAUAUAAGAAUGCAAACACCGUGUGGAUCAUACGACUGGCAGAGUUCAUCGUAGACUUGGAAUAUUCAUAUAACCCGUCGAGAUUGGAUAGGUUUGAAGAUUUGCAGCCCAAAGAGCCUUCAUAUAUUGUUUACACAGCUCUAAAAUCCAAUAAGAUUGUCAAGCGACCCGUAAUCAAAGUAGAAGAUACAACUAAACUGAAAGACGAAAAAAUUAAGGAAUUCAGGGAAACUCACUUUGCUGAACCGCAGAAAUUCCCCAUGGAUGAGAUUGUUGUCGAUCGGAGUUAA